UUUCGGUUUCGCUGUUUGCUUCAGGCCGAUUGCUUUGUUUCAAGCGGGCCAAGUUAGACGUUUGAUAUUAGAAAUAAUUAUUCUCCAAAACAUUGUACAGAAAAUUGAAAAUGAAGAGGAUUUAUGUUUGCUUUAUGCAUGUAGAUAGAUGAACAUGUGCUGUAUUUUAUACUAGUUAUCUUCUCGUAGAAUUUAACUCCUUUAGCUGAUCACAUUUUUACGAAUGACAAAUCAAAUUGUGUUAUUUAUAGCUUUUUUGAAAUCAUUUCUCUUAGUAAAUAAAACGGAAGGGUUUAAUGCUGGUGGUUUAGGUGACAAAUGUGAGAGUGAUAACCAGUGUCAUCAGAAGGAUCCUAACAGUCACUGUUUAACUCUUGAUGAAAACCUUCGGUGUGCUUGUAAAUUGAAUUAUCAUGUGGAUGUCGUAAAUAAUACAGAAAAAUGCAUCUAUAGUGAACCAAUUGAGGAAGAAAAAGAAGGUCUUACAGCUGCUCCAAUUAUUUUAUGUUUUAUGGGAUGUGUUGUUGUAGAAGCUCUUUGCUUACUUGCAUUUCGUUACUGGAACAAACAUAGAAGAACUGGUUUCACUCGACAUGGGACUCUCCAACUGCAAGCAAUUUCCUUGACUGAUGCUCGAUUUACCCAUGGUCAAAGAGGACCUGUUAUAUCCUUCAUGAUUACACAUGAAAUGGAAUCGGUGAUUUCACAAGGAGCUGGGUCAUCAUCUCCUCCACCUUAUAGUCAAAUGGCUGAAUGCAGUACAAGUGUGACCCUCCAAGCUGAGGAACCUCCACCACCAUAUGAAGAAGCUGUAAAGCAGUGCUCUACUUCAAAACUUACAUCUGAUGAAGAGAGUAACAGAAGAAAAAUGUCUUGUUAGUUUGUUAAAAAUUAUCACUUUUAUUAAUAACUAAGUUUAUAAGUUUUUAAAUAAGCUAAUCAUACAGGCAUUUGUUUUCAUUUGUGUGUAAGAUAUCAUUUUUAUUUCAAUUUGUAUUUUGCUUGCAAGUAAAAUCAAUUUAUAUUUUCUUUAUCCCUGCCUUAAAGGAAUAUAACUGAAGUUACCCUAAAGUACUGAAGGAAAUUCAUAUCUAAAUUCAUCUAAAUUUCAUUUUCUAUCGUCUUCAAUGUUAUGUGAUUAAUUUUUUCAAAUAAUAUAAAAUUUGUUUUUUCUUUUUAAUUGCUUGAACAGUUGCAUUUUAACAUAUUUCAAGUAUGCAUAAACUAAACUAUUAUAUAUACUGGUGUUUAAGAGGACUCACUAACUUAAUAAGCAGAUUGUAGGAAAAAUAAAUAAAUUUUUGUAUGUAAGUUAAAUUACAUCUCUAAAGAGUUGUUUUUCAAAUUCUGCAUGAUGAGCAAAGAAACUGAAAAUUUAUUGAAUGCUGCUGGAGAAAUAAUUUUGAAUUCUUACUUAAUGGGGUUUUUUGAAUAUUUUGGUUCUAUGCAAUAUUAUGCAUUUCAAGAAAUUUCAAUGAUUAAUUUAAGUUUUCAAAUAGAACAAAUUUUUUGGACAUUUUUUAUAGAUAAUUAUUUGCUGUCUUAAAAAUCUCAAAUAAUAACGAUUUAGUAUGGUUUUUUUUCAUUAACCCUUGUAUAUGUGUUGGCUCCACCUUUUCAGUUUCUCAAUUGUUUACUCUGUAUACAGUAGUAAGAACGAUAAAUACUACUUUUUCUUUUAUGAAAAAUAUUUUACAAUUGUGCAUAGUAGUAAAUUUCACUAAAAGAAUUUCUGUUCAAUAUUAGUAAAAAAUUCUUUUUUUGCUUAAACAAAUAUCCUUGUAAAAUGUUCAAA